AUGGGGAAAGAUCGUUGCCUUAACAUUACCACUCUGCAAGCAAAGGAUAUGCGUUGGCCGACAUCACUGGGAGCGCACGGUUCCGAUGCAAUGCACACGGAUCCGGACUAUUCCUGUGUGUAUGUAACGAUCGCUACGGCCGAAGGUCCUGCUGGCUAUGGGAUGACGUUUACGCUUGGCCGUGGUACGGAUAUUGUGAUGCUUGCUGUCCGGGCUCUGAAGCGACUUGUCGAGGGUCGUACUACGGCCAGCAUAUUUGAGCGGUUCGGAGCGUUUUGGCGUGAGCUGACGAGCGAUUCGCAGCUUCGUUGGAUCGGACCGGAGAAAGGUGUGACGCAUCUAGCGGUGGCUGCGAUCAUCAACGCACUGUGGGACCUUUGGGGUCGCAUACGAAACGUUCCGGUGUGGCAACUGCUGGCAGAGAUGGAGCCUCAGGAACUGGUUUCAACGAUAGAUUUUCGUUACAUCGAAGAUGUUAUUACACCCGAGGAGGCAAUUGCGAUGCUGCAAGAAACGAAAUCAUCUCAGGGCGAUCGCAUCCAAUAUCUGCUCGAGAAUGGAUAUCCUGCGUACACCACACAAAUAGGAUGGCUUGGAUACAGUGACGAAACGAUCCGUGGACUCUGCCAAAAGUAUCUUGCAGGAGGAUUUAAAGCAUUCAAGAUGAAAGUGGGCCAAGAUUUGCAAAACGAUAUAAAACGUUGUAAAUUGGUGCGAGAAGAAAUCGGAUGGGACAAUCAGUUUAUGAUUGAUGCCAAUCAAAACUGGAAUGUCGAUGUUGCAAUCGAGUGGGUAAAAAACUUGAAAGAGUUUAAACCGCUCUGGAUCGAGGAACCAACUUCCCCGGAUGAUGUGCUGGGGCACGCCAAAAUUGCAGCUGCUUUGAGGGAAUACAACAUUGGAGUGGCAACCGGAGAAAUGUGUUGCAAUCGUGUCAUGUUCAAGCAGUUUAUGCAGGCCAAUGCGUUCGAGUUUUGCCAGGUAGAUUCAGCACGCAUCGGAGGAGUGAAUGAGAUAUUGGCCGUAUACUUAAUGGCUAAAAAGCUUGGAGUGAAAGUUUGCCCUCAUGCUGGCGGUGUCGGACUGUGUGAAAUGGUGCAACAUUUGCAAAUGUGGGAUUUCUGUUCCGUUUCGUGUACGAUGGAGGAACGCAUGGUAGAGUUUGUCGAUCAGCAGCACGAUCAAUUUAUGUACCCAGCAAAGAUAAAUGAGAAGGCAUGUUACGUAGCUCCGAGUGCACCGGGUUAUUCUACAGAGCUUAAGGAUGAAGCAAUUUUGCAGUUUGAAUAUCCUCACGGAACAGAAUGGCAGCGUAUGUUCUGUGAGGGUAUAUUCAUUCCGGAAAACUACUAA